AUGCCGCGCCGCAAGGUCGAGAUGAGGUUCAUCCAGAACGCGCGGGCUCGCGCCGCGACGUACGCCAAGAGGUCCAAGGGGCUCCAGAAGAAGGCGUCGGAGCUCGCCACGUACUGCAACGUCCCCGUCGCGCUCGUCUGCGCCCCCGCCGCCACCGGCGGCGCCGGGGCUCCGCGGCUCGUGUGGGAGUCGGAGGUUGGUGUCCUCGAGAGGUACCGCGCCGCCUCCAUCCCGCCGGAGAAGCGCGCGCAGCACACGCACCGGAGCUACCUCGAGGCCGAGCUGGGCAAGGAGACGGCGAAGCUCGCCAGGGCGCGGCCGGGAGCGCUGCCCGACUGGGACGCGGCGCUCAACGACAUGACGGUGGACGAGGCGCGGGAGGUGCUCGAGACCAUCGACACCGCGCUGAGGGCCGGGGCCGACAAGAUGGCGGCUCUCGGCUUGCCCGCCGACGGCCGGCUCGAGCUCGAACUGUUCGUACCGCCGGCUGAUGAUGCUUCCGAUGACUACGCCUUCGAGCCGGGGCACCUCGCGCUGGACAUGGGCUACGAUGGCUUCCAGCCGCAGACGAUGUCGUGCCACGGCGGGAGCAACGACCAAGGGAGCCUACUCGAGCAAUUCCUGAUGCAACCGGAGCGCGGCCUCGAGUGUGUCGGCGGCGGCGGAAGCUACUACGCGGGCGCCGUCGACGAGACGCAGGCGCUGGGCGGCUACGGCGACAAUGCUGAUUGCCCGUGGCUCGAUCUGACAAUGUGCAACGCCGCCGACGAUUCUUCGGUGCCAGUUGGGUACUACCCCAACUUCGCCGACGAGUCUUCGGUACCAGUUGGGUACUACCCCAACUUCGCCGACGAGUCUUCGGUGCCAGUUGGGUACUACCCAAACUUCGCCGACGGCUCUCUGGCACCUGAGCAAUACUCCGCUCAAGACUUCGCCGGCGGGGACUACGUCGACACGCUGCGGCUCGAGUACCCCAUGGGCAUGAAUGAGAACUUCGCUUAUUACCCUGACAAGGACAACAACUACAUGGCGCAUUGGCAGGCCGACGAGUUCCAGCGCUCUCAAACCGGCACCGGCCAGUAUCAGUGGUCGGAUCCCGGGACACACAGCUCCGGCCAAGCCUUCCAUUAUCUCUACUAG